AUGGCCUCCACCAUCAGCCUCCUCCCUAAGAAGCACUUCCUUUGCGCUCUGUGUAGAGACAUCUUCAACAGCCCAGUAACGAUACCAUGUGGACACAGCUACUGCUUGUCCUGUCUUUCUCACUACUGGACACGACACCAGUCCAAGUAUUGCCCCUACUGCAAAAGACUGUUUACUGACCGGCCUGACCUCAGUGUCAACCGCAUUCUGGCAGAUUUGUCUGAAAACUACAGGAAGACUCAACCACAGAAACCACCUGAUGAUGAGAUGGUUAUUGAUAUUGAGGAAAUGAUCCAGGAAAGGGUGGAGAAGAUAGAGAGGUUGAAAUAUUCUCUCGAACUCCAAAAGAACUCUUACCUCAGAGAGGUGCGAGAGAGCCAGAAGGUCUUCUCUGCCCUCGUAAAUGCUAUGGAGAAGAGUCACAAAGCUGUUGUUUCAGCAAUUGAGGAAAGACAGAGAGAAGAGGAGAAGAAAGUGGACAAACUGGUGAAAGAGCUUGAACAGGAGAUCCAGGAGCUUCGGAAGGAGACCGCUGAAUCUGAUCCUCAGAUUCCCGUUAACUGUGAUCAAAGUGACAAUACAAAAGAAGGUACCAUGAUGAAGGAUUGGUCUAAGGUUACCAUAGAAAUUGAUCCUUGUCUUGGGGUCACCAGAAGAGCACUGUCAGACAUGAUGGAUAAGAUAAAUUUAGAAGUCUGCCGGCUCUCCAAAUCUGAACUUAAGAGAAUAGAGAAAUACACAGUGGAAGUCAAUCUAAGUGCUAAGACAGCCCACCCCUUCCUCUUUGUCUCAGAUGACAGAAAACAAGUGAGGCACACAGACAAGUUUCAAGAGGUACCGGAUCAUCCCAAACGAUUCGACCGUGUUGCAAAUGUAUUAGCCAAAGAAAGCCUCGUCAGUGCUAGGUGCUACUGGGAGGUGGAGGUCGGGGACAAGAUUGAAUGGAACCUGGGAGUUGUCAGACAAUCCAUAAACAGAAAAGGGAAGUUCUCUGUCUGCCCUGCAAAUGGUUUCUGGACUUUAAGCCUGAAGGUGGGAGGCCAGUACGUUGCCAACACCUCCCCUGUCACACUGUUGGCUCUAGAACAGAGACCCAAGAGGGUGGGUGUCUUUCUGGACUACACAGAAGGUCGUGUAUCCUUCUACUGCACAGAAUCUGGAGUCCACAUUCACACUUUCAUGGAUACAUUCACUGACAGGCUUCAUCCAUUCUUCAGUCCUGGUCGCCUGCAUGGUGGCAAAAAUGCUGCUCCCCUAACAAUCUGUUCUAGUUUUUGCAGCAUCUGA